CACACAUAUAUUUGUUUGUGUCACAUAAUAUAAAACAUAAUAAAUACCUUAAAAAACUUUGUUUUUCUAAAAAAAAAACAUGUUGGAUCUUAACUUAAACUUCCUUAAUCAACUAGACCAAGACCAAACAACAUCAUUUAGAGACACCCAAGAAUCUUGUACCUCAAACUCAUCCAUCAUUAAUGCUGACACCAGUAAUGCCGGCGACGGUGACGGCGAUGGUGACGGUGACGAUGACUCUAGUUUUUCCGGUUUCAACUUUGAUAUCUUAAAAGUUGGUGAUACUAAUGUUCAGCCCGAGUUGGCUCGUCAGACCGAGUUGGUGACUCAGCAUCUGUUUCCACUGAGUCACAACUCGAACUCGGAGUCAUUUUUGUUGUGUGCUGAGAAUAAUGGGUUGAAAGAAAUGAAAGUACAAAAACAAGACGAAAUCAAAGUACAACAAGUACUGCAUAAAGUACAACCUAAUAAAAAGAGUAGAAGAGGACCAAGGUCAAGAAGUUCACAAUACCGAGGUGUUACUUUUUAUAGAAGGACUGGUAGAUGGGAGUCACAUAUUUGGGAUUGUGGGAAACAAGUUUAUUUGGGGGGAUUUGAUACUGCUCAUGCUGCAGCUAGAGCGUAUGAUCGAGCAGCAAUUAAAUUCCGAGGUGUUGAUGCUGAUAUAAAUUUCGAUCUAAGUGAUUAUGAGGAGGACAUGAAGCAGAUGAAGAACUUUUCAAAAGAAGAAUUUGUGCAUAUACUAAGAAGGCAAAGCACAGGGUUCUCGAGGGGAAGCUCAAAAUAUAGAGGGGUAACGUUACACAAAUGUGGCAGAUGGGAAGCACGAAUGGGGCAGUUUCUAGGCAAAAAGUAUAUAUAUCUUGGACUAUUCGACAGUGAAGCAGAUGCUGCAAGGGCUUAUGACAAGGCAGCCAUUGAGUGUAAUGGAAAAGAAGCCGUGACCAACUUUGAGGCCAGUACUUAUGAAGGGAACACACUUCCUGCACCAAAUCAUGAGAACGACCAUAAUCUGACUUUAAGCUUGGGAAUUGCAUCCCCUUCUGUUGGAGCCGGUCCUAGUAGAAAUGAUAAUUUAGUGCAAUCCCAUAUGAAUUGUGGGAAUGACACUCGGAGAUUACAGCAUUUCGAGAACCCUGUUUCAACCACAGCAGGCUGUAAAACAGCUUUUAAAGGACUACCCAUAACAGCAGGACAAUCUCCAUCAUGGAAUGGUGUAUACCCAACCUAUGUUCCCAACUAUGAGGGAAAUACGACAAAUAGUAGGACCAUAGCAGGCCCAUUACAAGGUCAGCCCAACUGGGGGUGGCAACUGCAGAGCCACAAUCACAAUCCGUCAGCAGCAUCAUCACGAUUCUCAGCUCCAGUAGCCGCUUCUGUCAUGACUUCUGGCAGCAGCCACCAUUCAAUGGCGGCUUUCAACAGCCAUUAUCAUUCUCCGUCCAUGGCUGCCACAAGCUCUUCUCAAUACUAUUACCAGACAAGGCCACCACCACCUCCACCUUAAUGAGUCAACACAAAACAUUGUUUAUAGUGACCGUUGACUGAUUGUUUCCAUAUAGUAAUUGCUAUAGGCUAUGCUAUUAAGCAACAAAAUUGCCUGAUAUAUAUUUUGUGUCUCUGUGUGAGUAAAGAGAGAAAGAAUCUAUGAGCUCUAAGUGUGUUACUAGUCUACUUCUAAACAGAUUUUUAGUAGUAAAAUGGCGGUCACUGAUGUGCAUAUCCAGAUUUGGAAGCUAUGAUGGCUAAGCUUGAUUCACUCAA